AUGUACAAACACUUCAUAGCACUACUCUUCGCUUUGCUCUUCGUCGGAGCGCUACCUACACGAACCGAAAAACACCGCGGAGAACUGAGGUCAGAUCAUGGCUUGCAUAGGCCACUUCGCGCCCCGCAUCGAGCAUAUGGAUCAUCCGUCUCAAAGCGAACUUCCCAUUCAGCGUCGACACAUCAGUUUGAGCGCCGCUCGAGUGGAGCUCAUCCUCAACUAGCGCCUCAUUCAAAUGUGAACGAACAACACCGCAAGACACGCAAAAACGGGACUGUAGUUGUCACUAGAUCUGUUUUCGGCGACUCAAAGACCCUUCAACGCGAUUCCACUGAACAGGCAUUCGAACACUUGAGCGAUUCACAGCUUUCUUAUCUGUUAAAAAAGUGUUUGGGAAACGGCACCAAACUUGCAAACGCAAGUCGUAGUGAAAAGAUUAAGAGACUGCGUCAGCUGGUCAAAACAAACGGACGUCAAAUACUAUCGAAUAUCUCGAAACUAACUUCAGAUACUAAUCAUCUCAGGAGGACCACUGUUACGUCGCCAACCAUGAAACCUACCCGUCCUCCUCAUUAUCGCAAGCAAAAGCCACCAAAAACAAAAUCGACUCCCCCGCAAUCGACGACGACGACGGAAGAGACAUCGGAAUCAACAACUGCAACUACACCGGAAUCAACAACCGAAACUACACCGGAAUCAACAACCCAAACGACCCCGGAAUCAACAACCGAGACGACACCGGAAUCAACGAUCACAACAGAAAUAGAAACGACUGAUGCUGAAAGUAUAGCAGAGAGUGAGCAGUAUUUUGGACCGCAAUUUGAUUCGAAUUCGCUUCGUGAGUCGUUAGUGCCUCUGAGACGACCUACGAAACAUAAUGAAACGGCGAAAUCUGAGCAAACACAAAAGGAAUCCAGUAAGAAGACGUCUAAAGAGAAGCGUCUCAAAGUGCUUUUUUCUACACUCGCUCAGGUGAAAGCAAAGUACGACAAACUUCGCAAAGAAUAUCUCAAACUAUAUGAGCAGAUCAAGACAAACAACAUCACAGACUCCAAACAUUCAGUUCUCAGGGGAUCGCGUACAAGCAUCGAAAAAUCCAAAAAGCACUUCAACAAAACAGAAUUGCUCAACAAUUUAAAACGUCUCGCACGCCUCUCAGGAGUACUCUCCAAUCUGAUUAAAAAGGAACAGAAGAAAGUUAAAGGUCAUCCAAAGUUACACAGCUCGAAAAGUGUUGAUGCAGCUGCACGUAUAUUAAAUGUGGAUAAGGUGAAAGGUGGCAAACAUAAUCGCAACAGGAACAGAGCGAAGUCAUCCAGUUUGAUAACAUCGAAAGCGCCGAACGGAAUCAUUACCGUAGGACGAAGUUUGAAGCAACGGAGGAAGAACGAUCACAAAACGGAUUCGUCAGCAGUUCGGCCAGCUCCGUUCAAAAGUACGCGGAUAUACAAGAAAAAUCACACUACUGCGUCGCACAGCUCAACUGGAAAGCAUCGGCCGCAUCACUUGAACAAAGAUUCCAGCAAGCGUGCCGACAACUCAAAGAAGUCAGCUCGAGUGCAAAAUGCAGCUAAAAUUGCUGAGUCUCCGAUGGAAGAUCUGAGAGCUGAUCGACGGGAAAAUAAAAGAAAGCAUCUAAAUAAUCACAAGUCACACAAGGAAUCCGUCUCGCAAUCGCAUCGAACAAGCAAGAAAAAAGCAACACAACAAAAGGUGACGAAAACCAAUCGUCGGCACGGCUCACGUGAUGAGAUUAAGCAAGGAGAACUUUCACAUUUGAUUUCCAGUCGUAAGGAAUCCCAUGAUGGCGUAAAAUCUAAAACAACUCAUCGCAGGCCAACUGCUCAAAAACCCAAGCUGGAGUCAUCUUCUGAAGAAUCUGCUCCAUCCAAACCAUCCAAGCCUGAAUCAUCUGAGACAAGCGAUCCCUCAGCAUUUUCAGAAAUAAACUCAGCAACAGCAACAGAUAAUCGCGAUAUGAGUAUCAUGGAACUGAUGAUGAAGCUUAAGCAGGAAUAUGCAGAAAUGAACGCACCGAGAGCACAACCUAUUCCCAAAGCACUCUUAGAGGACGAUGGUAACGAUGGUGGAGCUCUCAGCAAAUCCGAAAUGAGCAUAAACAGCUCAAGAAUAGCGGUUCACAAAUCGCAACAAAAGAAAAGCUCGCGAACUACUUCUAAAAAAGUGGUGCACAAAAAAGUCGAGAAGACCUCUCGAGAGGAUAAUGGUGAGGAGGAAGAAGAAGCGGAAGAAGUCGGCAGUGAAGUAACCACAACACCACAUGACGACAACACUGACGUGGAAGAAAAUUCAGAACACGUUCGCUCUCGUACGGAAGGAAAAUCAGGAGAAGCUAAUACUCGGGUGGAGGAAACGUCUAAAGCGGAACAGUCUGAGGCUGAAGAAACUUCUGAUAUGGACAAUGAUAUGGUGCAAAAAAGCUCAGAGGAGGAUCGUUCGUCUCGCACAAAGGAAGCAUGUGAAAUGGUUCAAUGUGACUUCGAAGAAGGAAGUUUGUGUUCAUAUAAGUCGACAAAAGAUGACGUGAGUCCAUCAAGUAAACACUACAAGCAACGAGCUAGACAACGACGAGGCGCGCACAUGACACGAAGGAGCUGGCACAACUGGCGAGGACGAUACAGAAAUCAUCUCACGGGCAUCGCACACGCCAGAAUAUUUGGCAAAAAGAAUAAGCGAUUCGCAGCCGCAUAUGUCAAGCCGAAGCAAUGGGCCGCUCUCACAACAAAACUUCUGUCUGGACAAUCUGAGACGAUCAGAUUCCGUGCUUGGGAAGCUACAUCAGGCGUUCAGUUGCGUGUAUGUUGUGAUAGUUUCAAAAUGUGCCCCUUCGUAUCAGAAUUGGGAGUCAGUAAAAAAAAUCGCAACUGGAUCGAACAUAGUGCAACGUGUCCACAAGGAACGUCAAAGGUGUCAAUCAAGGCGCAUGUGGCCUUGAUAACAUCCAUUUGGCCCACGAAUCGUGCACCGCUUUGA